UCAACCAGCAAGAUCAGGAUCAACCGCUGCCAUGUAAACAAGACUUGCGGUAUGAAUGUGUCGUGUGGCAGCGGCCGUACUUCUCUCCCUUUUCCGCCAUUAUAUUAACACACUGCUUCCCGUCGCCCUCCGCCUUUCUCCUGCAUGGCAUGUCUGAGGGCAGAGAGAGAGACCGGUCAGCGGGCGGCGUGACUGGUGUGUGGCUGCGUCGGCAGACAUGGCUGAGCGGAGGAGUGUUGUGGUCAGGUCGUCCAAGAGAAGUGCUAUCAAGAAGGUGGAGGUGAUAACAGUGGUAGGCAACAAUGUGGCGUCCGUCACGGCGAGUCAUCCCGUGGGAGUGGUGGUGGCCGAGAGGAGGAGAGGGCCACCAGCUGGCGGUGAGCCCAGGCCAGUGUUCAUACCAGGCUGUCCUCUGCCUCAGGUCCUGGCCACUGAAGUGGCUGUUGACCUAGAGGUGACCCGAGGAGGGCAGAGGCCAGCACACAGGCCACUGAAGACUGGUACAUGUGGCUUGGGGAGCCAUGCUGGUCCACCCAAGAGUGCUGAGUGCAGACAGACUGUUACAGAUGACAGUGAAAAUAAGGAAAAUUACCCACGUGAUAAAAUUUAUGAUCCGAGAGUUUAUGUUGACUCGCUGCCAAAAGAUUCUGAUGAACAGUUUGAACAGAAACCUUCAGGGCUUCACAGUGGCAGUGAUGCUGAAAACACAACAGAUUCUUCCCAAAAUUCAGAUUCUUCAGUGCAGUUUGGCCAGCGUUGCCCGUCUCCUCCCAGUGCAGGGGACAUGGAGGAGGUGGAAGAGGGUCUGCCAAGGGAGUCCUCACACACUGGACCUCCACGCUAUGUUCUCCUGCAUGGCGGUGCGGCACAGACUCACCACUCCUGCAGUGAGGGUAGGGAGGCAUUGGAGAGAGAAAGCCAGGAAACAUCCACAGAAUCAUCACAGGAAAACCAAAAAGUAACAAUCCACAACUCUGACAUGACAAGUAAAGACACAGGAAGCAGCAGCUGGGACAGUGUAGCAAGGAAGAAGCAGGCAGGGAAAAGCAGUGUAAGCUCUGUGGAGACUGAUGAGAUCGCUAUUGGUGGCUCAGAAUGUCAACACCAAACACCAGCCAACUUAAAGACAAAGGACCAACCUGCCAGAGUGAUCCAGGUGAAGAGAGGAAGCCUGAGUAUUCGCACCAAGCCACAUGAAUUAAGGCACAGUGCAAGAGGAGGGUGCCGCAGUGUGAGUGUGGUGUCCAGUGGUGCUAGAGGGAGAGGGAGAGGUGUUAGGGUGCUGCACAGAGGAACAGGAGGUGCAAUGUCGACCGUCAGAAGAACACAUCCUCAAGUGACAGCAGGAGGUGCCAGCAGGACCGAGGGCAGCAGGAGUAGGCCAAGCAGGAUGGACGGCAGGCUGGGAGCUUCUGAUGAAAGCGAGGGAAAAACAACAGCAGCGACAUCUAGCCAGUUUAAUUACCUUCGUGCACUAAGACAGUAACUGGUGAGAGAACUAAAAGGAUUAAAACACACGUCUCCGUCACCACCAGCCUUUUGUUUACACGUUUGAGGGAAGAAAAUAAAUGGCAACACGAAGAGAGAUAGACCCCCAAACAAACCAUUUCCCGGUACUCCUCGUAACUUUGACUUGAGAAUUGAAUGGAAAUAAGGGAAAAAAAAGGAAAAAUAAGCAAUUCUAACUGAAAUAGACCACAAAAAAGCCAUUUCCUGGUACUCGUGACUUUUGACUUGAGAAUUGAAUGGAAAUAAGGAAAAAAAGGAAAAAUAAGCAAUACUAACUGAGAUAGACCACAAAAAAGCCAUUUCCCGGUACAGCUCGUGACUUUUACCUGGAGAAUUGAAUGGAAAUAAGGAAAAAAGGAAAAAUAUAAGCAAUACUAACUGAGAUAGACCACAAAAAAGCCAUUUCCCGGUACUCCUCGUGACUUGUGACUUGAGAAUUGAAUGGAAAUAAGGGAAAAAAAGGAAAUAUAAGCAAUUCUAACUGAGAUAGACCACAAAAAAGCCAUUUCCCGGUACUCCUCGUGACUUGUGACUUGAGAAUUGAAUGGAGAUAAGAGAAAAGAGAAGGAAAAUAAAGACAACACUAAGAGAAACAGGUCGAAGCAAAGCAUUCCCCAGUACAUCUCGUGACUCGUUACUGGAAAAUUGAAUGGAAAAAGAGAGAAAAAAAGAAAGGAAAUGAAGAUAAUACGAACUGAGAUAGAUAAAACAAACAAACAAACAAACAUUCCCCAGUGCUGCUCGUGACUCGUAACUGGAAAAUUGAAUUAUAGAAAAAGAGAAAAAAAAGAAGGAAAAUAAAGACAACACAAAACCAAAACACACCAAAACAAACCAUUUCUCGAGA